ACCGUACUGUACUUCACCCCGAACGCCAAAAUCUACGCAGCUGCGUCAUUCACGUACAUCUUACGUCACGUUUCUGGCGGAGGGAGUUCCGCGGAGCCGCUCGGUACGUGUCCGACGGAAGAGCUCUCCUCCCGGCUGCAGGUGAGGUCAGAUGCGGAGGAAAGGAGCGGAACCGGUGGAAAUACUUUAACUUGAAGCCAAAAAUGGAGCACGCGGGGGAUAAUACAUCCGCCCUGACCGACAGCCUGAUCCUCUGGCUGCAGACCUUCAACACGCCCGCCCCCUGCAGGACAGUGGAGGAACUGACCACCGGAGCAGGGAUAUCACAGGCCCUGCAUCAGAUAGACCCUGCCUGGUUCAGCGAUGCAUGGCUCGGUCGUAUCAAAGCUGAUGUGGAGGAUAACUUGAGACUGAAGAUCAACAACCUGAAGAAGAUCCUCCAGAUGGUGAUGGAUUAUUAUAACGAGGUCUUGACACAGGACAUUUCAGACUUCCCUCUCCCAGACCUGACCCUGGUGGCGGAGCACUCAGACCCGGUGGAGAUGGGGAGGCUGCUGCAGCUCGUGCUGGGCUGUGCUGUUAACUGUGAGAGGAAACAAGAGUACGUUCAGAUCAUCAUGACGCUGGAGGAGUCCGUGCAGCACGUCGUCAUGACCGCCAUCCAGGAGCUCAUGAGUAAAGACUCCACCAGUCCGUUUGCAGCAGAGCGCUCAGGAGACUUGGAGCAGCAGCUGAAGAAAGCCCUGGAGGAUCUCUCUGAACUGACGGCAGAAAAAGAAGCUUUAAAUCAGCGCUGUGAGGAGCUUGACAUGCAGGUGGCUGUUCUUCAGGAAGAGAGGAACAGCCUUCUGGCAGAGAACGACGUCCUGACAGACCGAGCCAAUCAGCUGGACACGUUUGACGACCCGAGCACGCCAUCAGGACGAAAACACAGCCAGCUGCAGCAGCAGGUGGAGGCUCUGCAGGAGGAGAACUUUAGACUGGAAGCAGCUAAAGACGACUACAGGAUCCACUGUGAGGACCUGGAGAAACAGCUGAUCGAGGUUCAGCACAGAAACGAUGAUCUGACCAGUCUGGCUGAAGAAUCUCGAGCCCUGAAAGACGAGCUGGACGUUCUGAGGAACUGUUCGGACCGAGUGGUGAUGCUGGAGGCCUCGGUGGAGACGUACAAACGUAAACUGGAGAAUCUGGGAGACCUGAAGAGGCAGGUGAAGCUGCUGGAGGAGAACAACAUGACCUACAUGCAGAACACUGUUAGCCUGGAGGAGGAGCUGCGUAAAGCUAACGCCGCCCGUGCUCAGCUCGAGACCUACAAGAGACAGGUCCAGGAGCUGCACAAGAAGAUGUCUGAGGAGACGAGGCGAGCAGAUAAUCUGGCGUACGAGAUGAAGAAGUUGGAGGAGAAGCACGAGUUGGUGAUGAAGGAGAAAGAGAGGAUCAUCAUCGAGAGAGACUCCCUGAAGGAGAUCAACGAUGAGAUGCACUGCUCUCAGGCUCAAGAGAACCAGCUCUCCAAAGCAGGGAUGCUUCCCUCGAGCAGCCCGAGCCACGACAACCUGGCAGCUGAAUUAAUCCCAGUGGAGUACAGAGAGAAGUUCAUGCGGCUGCAGCAUGAGAACAAGAUGCUGCGCGUGCAGCAGGAGGAGUGUGAGCGGGAGAAGAUCGCCGCCCUGCAGUCCGACCUGGAGGAGGCUCACAGGAGCCGCAGCGAGCUGGAAACAGAGAACAGGUUGAGUCGAGAGAGAAACACGGAGCUGCAGCUGCAGGUCGAAGAUCUUCAGAGAGCUCUGCAGAGCCAGGCCUCCAAACCCGAUGAUUCGAACCUGAAGAGGAAACUUGAUGCUCACAUGGUUCAGCUGAACGAGGCUCAGGAUGAAAUCAUGAAGAAGAAAGAGCUGCUGGAAGACCUGCAACCUGACAACACACAGAACUCGCUGAAGCUGGACGAGCUGACGGCGGCGCUGAAGAAAAAAGACGACGACAUGCGAGCAAUGGAGGAGAGAUAUAAGAUGUACCUUGAGAAAGCUCGAAAUGUGAUCCGAGCUCUGGAUCCAAAGCUGAAUCCGGCCACAGCGGAGAUUCAGGCUCUGAAGAAUCAGGUAGCAGACCGAGACAAACAGAUCCUGAACCUGGAGCGUCAGUGUGAGCAGGCACGACUCAGAGAGUACGAGGAGAAGAUGAUCGUCACAGCCUGGUACAACAAGAGCCUGAACUUCCAGAAGUUGGCGAUUGAAUCCCGUCUCGGCGGCUGCUCGUCCUCCAUGAUGACCCCCGGUCCGUCUUUCCUGUCUCAGCAGCGGCAGGUCUCUAACGCCCCCCGCAGGGCGCUCUCCAUCAGUGUGCCCACGUCCAAGUAGGACUCCACCCUCCACCAGCCCUCCAAAGUGAGCACUCAAGUGACCUUAAGCACACCUGCUGUGAGCCGUGUUGAUGCAGACAAGCUCUUCUAUCCUCUCUGAUCUAUGAGACAGAAGAUUUCAUGAAUGUAGAUUUAUUUUAUUCAGAAUAAAGUGAUAUUUAAAGUUGUGA